UCUCUUAUACUCUUAGACCGCAGUGGCUCUAGCCACCUAAAUACUGCCACAAACAGAUCAGUCAGAGUUUAGGACCCAGAGCCCUGUUUUAGACUUAGGGGAUGUGACAGCUGACUGAAAAUCAAUGGAGUGUGAUCUACCGAGCAUCACAACGAGGGCAAGAUAAGGCUAGAAAGGUGCUGCCUUGCCUUGCAGACUCAGCUGUCCGCCUUGGUUUUCAACUAGAUUGUUUUAGUCCCCUACUAAGAUGAGACCGAUUUGCUUCCGAAAACAGAAGAUCAGAUUUGAAGGAGAAGCCACUACGGUGCCCAUGCUGUCCCUGGUGCUCUUUGCUCUGUGUCUGAGCCACUCAGACGUGGAUGCCUUCAGCUCAAUCGCUGAAAACGAGGAUGCGCUCCUCAGGCACUUAUUUGAAGGCUAUCAGAAAUGGAUCCGUCCUGUGGAAAACUCCAAUGACACCAUCAAAGUCUUCUUUGGAUUAAAGAUAUCGCAGCUUGUGGAUGUGGAUGAGAAGAAUCAGCUGAUGACAACCAAUGUGUGGCUGAAACAGGAAUGGAUGGACCACAAGCUCUCCUGGAAUCCAGAGGAAUACGGUGGGAUCACUGCUAUCCGUGUCCCCUCUGAGUCUCUGUGGCUUCCUGACAUUGUUUUGUUUGAAAAUGCUGAUGGACGUUUUGAAGGAUCCCUGAUGACCAAAGCCGUGGUGAAGUACAAUGGAGUGGUGACCUGGACACCACCGGCCAGUUACAAGAGCUCCUGCACAAUGGACGUGACCUUCUUCCCCUUCGACAGGCAGAACUGCUCCAUGAAGUUUGGGUCGUGGACGUAUGAUGGCAAUAUGGUGGAUUUGAUUUUAGUGGAUGAAAACGUAGAUAGGACAGACUUCUUUGAUAAUGGGGAGUGGGAGAUCUUAAAUGCCAAAGGUAUGAAAGGCAACAGGAAGGAUGGGCUGUACUCUUACCCGUUUGUCACUUACUCCUUUGUGUUGAGACGCCUUCCCCUGUUCUAUACUCUUUUCUUAAUAAUUCCUUGCCUGGGAUUGUCUUUUCUAACUGUCCUGGUGUUUUACCUACCGUCAGAUGAAGGCGAAAAACUUUCACUGUCUACGUCAGUUCUAGUUUCCCUCACUGUUUUCCUUUUAGUGAUUGAGGAAAUAAUCCCUUCUUCUUCCAAAGUCAUCCCCCUGAUCGGUGAGUAUCUGCUCUUCAUCAUGAUUUUUGUGACCCUCUCCAUCAUCGUGACUGUGUUUGUCAUCAACGUCCACCACCGAUCCUCAGCAACUUACCAUCCCAUGGCUCCCUGGGUUAAAAGACUCUUUCUCCAGAAGUUACCUCGGCUGCUCUGCAUGAAGGGCCACGUAGAUCGCUACUCCUUCUCUGAAGCUGAAGAAAAGGGAAGCACUUUGAAAUCAAAGUUUCUGGGGAAGCAGAAACACGGGCAAGCAAAAGACAGAGAAAAAAUUGUCGUUGCUUUCCUGGAAAAGGCCACCGACUCCAUUCGGUACAUUUCCAGGCACGUUAAAAAGGAGCAUUUCAUCAGACAGGUUGUACAAGACUGGAAGUUUGUAGCUCAAGUCCUGGACCGGAUUUUCCUGUGGUUAUUUCUGGUGGUGUCAGUGACGGGUUCAGUUCUCAUCUUUACACCUGCAUUACGGAUAUGGUUGAACAAUGCUUUGUAGAAAAUCCUCCCACAGUAGCAUACAACAAGUACAAUGCCAAGGGACGGUGGUGCCUUUGAGUUUAGUCUGUGUUGUACAGGAGAGGAAGCAAUAGCAAGAAUGAGGGAAGGUGAUGUUUGAUUGUGAGCAUUGACCAGUGCUUUCAAUCUUCAUAUAACUCUACCAGUUACAGAUUUUGCUGAAAUCGGAGAAGGGGCUGGGUGCACAGCCAAGUCCUAAAGUAAACUGGAGUUGCACAUUUGGGUUAUAAUUAUUUUGUUGAUAGCUUGGUUAUAUUACAAUAAAAGAUAAGAUUAUUAGUUAAAAUUGGAAAUAGUAGUUCUCGCACAGUGAUCAUACUUGAAAGGCAGAUCUGCCAGUUAAAAUGCUACUUUAUAACAGAAGUUACAGUAGGAACACAAAUCUGUACUCAGUUAUCUAUGUUUCCAAGUAAAACCCACAAAAUCUCUACAGGUUACUUUAUGCACAUGUCAGAACUGAUAAUUGCAUAGCAUGUGCAUCAGAAAAAGUACAAAUACUUUUUAGAGGGGAUGUUCAAAACCUUGGUUCUCUGGCCUUACCUUGCAGCAGGAUCAGCUCAACAGUGGCAGAACCUGCAUUCUGCCCAGCCUUCAUGGCAUGCACACCUCAUCUCUCAUCUCAGCCAUCAGGUGUUACUAGGUGUUACCCACUGUUCUGUAUUAUUUGCAAUUUUGCUUGCUGCUCAACCAGAAGGCUGAACAAGUGAGGGUUUUCCCUAUGUUCCACGCUUAGAAACUAUGAUUCUCUCACCUGCUAGUUCACAAGACAAGUGGAAGAUCACCUGAAGCAUACGGCUUGGAGGAACGUGGUUCUGCUGCUCCUUAAGGCAACAGUGAUGCUCCUGAACAGUUUGUUUGGGGGGGAAGCUGCGAACAUUGUUUUUGGCAAAUGAAACUUGUGGUUGCUGCAGGAGUGGAGUUUCUCCUGAGUGCUAUGGGGUGGGCUGGUUACCAGGAGGAUACAUCUUUGGAUGUUGGCUUGUUCAUGUUUCCCAGGCAAUUCAGAAUUUUAUUCCUUUGAUUCAUCUUUAUGGGAUCCUCCUGCAUAAUUAGAAACAGCUCUUAAUUGUAAGUGAGAUGUGACAGAAAACACACAAGUGAAACUCUUGAACACACAGGUGAAGCUCUCACCACUUUUGCUAGGGCAGUGUUUUCCAACAUGGAGUGCUGUAGAAAAUCCUAUUCAGAACUUGCAAAUGUUUUCAAGGCUAGCAAGGGGUUGGAGAUCCAGUUUUUGACUAAAUGUAUGUAAAAGCUUUAGGUAGCCUUGAAACUGUCUCCCCAGGGAUGCAGGUGAGAAAGUAUUAAAAAUACAUAGAGGUAUUCUUGUGCUUAGGUUUUGCAUGAACACCAGACCUCUGUAAACUAAUAUAAUCCUAUCUCAUUGUGUCA